AUGCCACUAUCGGUCGAACGUGACGAGAUCGCAUCUUUUGCUUCUUCAACGACGACUACCCGCGUGAAUGCGGCGUUGUAUCCACCCAAGGAUAAGACCCCCGAUGUGAAAUCACCACAGGUGCAAGCAUGGAUUGCAGAAAUUGAUUGGUCCAAAGUACCAAAUAUCCCAGUAGCAAAAGGGUUACCGGAUAUUCCCCAUUUCCCAGAAUGUCCACCGGCCGACAAGUUGGAUCGCUCGACCUGUUGGUGGAGUUGUUCAGGAUGUGUGGCUCCUUCGGAUGUGGUGACUUGUCCGAAUCAGAAUACCUGGGGCCUAAACUAUGAUGAUGGGCCUAGUUUAGCAAGCCGAGAGAUGAUUCGUUAUUUAGGAGAACAGAAACUGACUGCCACAUUCUUCAUUGUGGGGAGCCGAGUGGUAGAAUUUCCAGAUAUUCUGAAGGAACAAGUUGCACAAGGCCAUCAUAUUGGAAUGCACACCUGGUCUCAUUCUGGACUGACAACGUUAACAAAUCACCAAAUUGUGGCCGAGAUCAAAUGGACAGAAAAGAUUAUUCGAGAUGUCACUGGCUUGACCAUGAAAUACGUUCGUCCACCCUAUGGUGAUACUGAUAACCGCGUCCGUGAGAUCCUCCGUCAAAUGGGCUACACAACAGUGAUUUGGAGUGCAGGGUGGGAUACCAAUGAUUGGCGGAUGCUUCAGAAUCAGAUCCAAGAACAACAGAUCUUGCGAAAUUUCCAAAACAACCUCAAUAAUCGAACAGCAAUCAUGUCAUCAACAAGGACCCCAGGAGGUCCAGUGACGUUAGAACAUGACUUAACGAAUGCCACGGUCGCUUUAUCUCAAAAGUUGAUCCCCAUGGCUAUGAGCAGUGGACUAAAACCCAUGAGUAUAGCACAUUGUUUGAAUGAUCAAGGGCCCUAUCAGCAUGGAUCCAAGUUGGGACCCAAUGGUGCAGUUGAGAAGAUCAACAAUGGAGAUGGCAAAAGCGCGUAUAGAGGUAUGCCAGGGAUGGAAGAGCAAGAUUUCAAAUCUGGUCAUCGGAACAAAGCAUCUGCAGCAGGAGGAUCAUUACACUCGACAGGCAUCAUCAUGUCUGUUGCACAAGCCUUUGUUUUGAUUUUGGGAGGAAUGCUGAUAUAA